AUGGGGAUGGUGAAGAGCACCAAUGAGGGAAACAUAACAGGUUUUAUCCUGUUAGGGUUUUCUGAUUACCCUCAGUUACAGAUGGCCCUCUUUGUGGUCAUCUUGAUCUUAUAUUUACUAACCAUUUUAGGGAACACCAUCAUCAUUCUGAUAUCUCAUCUGGAACCCAAACUUCAUACACCAAUGUAUUUUUUCCUUUCUCAUCUCUCUUUCCUGGACCUCUGCUUUACUAGCAGUGUUACUCCUCAGCUCCUGGUAAACUUGAAGGAUCCCAUGAAAACCAUUACCUAUGGUGGCUGCAUGGUUCAGCUCUAUGUCUCUCUUGCUCUUGGAUCUACUGAGUGUGUCCUUCUGGCUGUGAUGUCCUAUGAUCGCUAUGUGGCCAUCUGUCAUCCCCUCCACUAUGCUCUCCGAAUGCAUCCUCAUCUCUGCAUGGCCCUGACAUCUUUAGCAUGGCUUAGUGGGGUGGCCACCACCCUGGUACAGUCCACUCUCACCCUGCAGCUACCUUUAUGUGGGCAUCACCAAGUGGAUCAUUUUAUCUGCGAAGUCCCUGUACUUAUCAAGUUGGCUUGUGUGGAUACCACUUUCAAUGAGGCUGAGCUCUUUGUGGCUAGUAUCCUCUUCCUUGUUGUGCCUAUCUCCUUCAUCCUAGUCUCUUAUGGUUACAUUACUCAAGCAGUUUUGAAGAUCAAGUCAGCUACUGGAAGAAAGAAAGUUUUGGGGACCUGUUCUUCCCAUGUGACAGUUGUCAUCAUGUUCUAUGGAACCAUCAUGUUCAUGUAUCUGCAGUCAGCCAAAAGUACAUACAAAGAUCAAGGAAAGUUUGUCUCUCUCUUCUACACAGUGGUGACCCCCAUGCUUAAUCCUCUUAUUUAUACUCUGAGGAACAAAGAGGUCAAGGAAGCACUAAGAAAAGUUCUAGGGAAGAUUCUGGUAAUAAAGUUUACAUGA